GGCUGGUGCGGGAGGAGCCGGUGCUGCCCUUGUGGCAUGAGCACAGUUCUCCAGGCUGACACCGGCCAUCUCCGCUGUCCCUUCCUGGUGGCUGUGAGCGUCCCGCGGGGACAAGGCGAACGCCAGCACAGGACGUGCAGUGUGACACUGGCCAGUCUGUCGUGUCUAUUUGCAGCCUGGGGUCGGUGGGGGCUUGGAGAUGAGGCUGAUCCUGGCCGGGAAGGCUGGUGGGGGGAAAAGCGCCACGGGGAACACCCUCCUCGGGCAGCGUGUCUUCGAGUCCAAGCUGUCCACCGAGCCAGUGACCGUGAGCUGUGCGAGAGCACAGGGGCACUGGGAUGGCGAGGACUUCACGGUGGUUGACACGGCCGACAUUUUCAACCCCGGAGGUGCCAGCAGUGAGGUGUUCCAAGAAAUUAUCCGCUGCAUCAGGCUGUCCUCCCCGGGCCCCCACGCACUGCUGCUGGUGACCCAGCUGGGCCGAUUCACCAAGGAGGACGAGGAGGCCGCAGAGAGACUGCAGGACAUCUUUGGAGCUGAUGUUUUGCAGCACACAAUUGUCAUAUUCACCCGUGCGGAAGAGCUUGUGGUAGGGUCACUGCAAGAUUAUGUGAAGUAUUCCAAUAACAGGGCUCUCCGCAAGCUGAUCGAGAGGUGCGGGAACAGGUACUGCGGCUUCAACAACCGGGCAGUUGGAGCCGAACGGGACCACCAGGUCAUGGAGCUGAUGGGGAUGAUCCGCUGCAUGGUGCGGGUGAAUGGGGACAGGUACUACAGCAAUGAGAUGUACCUGGAGCCCAAUUUAACAGAAGAGAAGGUGGCAUAUCACAUGGCGAGGUACAGAGCAGGCAGGAAAAGUAUUGGAUUUCUCACUCUGUCUUACAGGAGACCUAUUGUGAUUUGUGGGAUGAUUCUCCUUGCCAUUGCCGUGGUUGUCAUUAUUUUUCUUAUUUGGUGGGAGCGAUGAAUCCCAGCACCACAGAGCCACUGAACGCCUGGGGCUGGAGGCCCCUCUGGACACCGCUCCAGCUGCCCAGGACCGUGUCCACUGGGUGUUGGACAUCUCCAGGGAUGGAGACCCCAGCACUGCUCUGGGCAGCCUGUGCCAGCGCUCAGACACCCGCACAGCAAAAAAAGACUUUCCUGAUGUCUCACCAGGCAUCCUUGUGCCUCCAGCGGUGUCCAUGCCCUUGUGCCCAGGCUCUGGGCAGCCCACCAGGUGUUCACACACACAGAUGGGACCCCCAAGCCCCCUUCCCCAGGCUGAGCAGCCCCAACUCCCAGCCUCUGCCCAUCUUGCAGAUGACUCCUUGUCCUGGUGCAAUGGAACCAAAUUUCCUUUGGAAAAGAAGAGGAAUUGUCUAUUUUUAUUGAGCUUCCCUUUAAUCAAUUGUCAUAUAUGCAGUACAAGGCAAAAAAUAUUUUUAACUUAGGCUCCCUUUGAUCAGGGACAGAAUGCUCCUUCUGGGAGAAACCAAAGAAAGUUGCCAAUAUCAAGUAGCCUGAGGUUGUGCUUACGUGACGUGACCAUUUUGAGAAUCAAGGUUGUAUUUUUGCAAUAGAAGUUGUUUUUGCAGUGGAAUAUCCAUUAACCUUGCAUAUUCAAAUGUGAUUGUGCAGCCAUGACAGCAGCAUAGCACUAGUUAAGCAGAUAAGGGGAAGGUCCCACUGUCCCAACAUAAGAAGCAUAGCUAAUAAAAAUGGGAGGAGUAGUACGAAAUAAGUAAAAACAAGAAUCACAGGCCCUCUAAUCACAAGAGAAGUAAAAAAAAAAAAAAAAAAAAAAAAAAAGGAAAAGGAGAAAUCAAUGACUGGUCAAAUAAAAUUGUACCUAUAUGGUAUAGAAGUGCAUCAAGUAAGUUGUGAACCUGUAGUAUUCAACCAGUGAGGAAACAGGGAGAAAUCAGGUGUUGGGUAAUAGGGGAUAUAGGGUUAUUGUAAACAUAUGCUGUGCACUGCAGCUUGCAGGAUGUGAGAAACUAAGUUGUGCUUUUGCAGUAGAGAAUUACUUUUCUGUAUUCCAAGGUAGUUGUGUAGUCAUAAUAGAGAAAAGCGCAGUAGGUAAGUGGACAGUAGAAGGCUGCACUGUUCCAAAAUAAGGUGGAAGCUUGAGACAAACACGAUGAGCAGUGUGGGAAUAGUAAAACAAAGAUCACAGGUUCUUAAAACAUAAAAAAAAAAAAAAGGAAAAGGGAGAAAUUAAAGGGUUGAAAAAAAGAAGAAUUGUACAUGUAUGGUAUAAAGGAGCGUCAAGUAGCUUGUGAACCUGUAGUACUCAGAGAAUGAGGAAACAGGGGAGGCAAUGACAUGUCGGGUAAUAGGGAAUAAAAGGUUAUGAUGUGUUUACUAUAAUGUGCUCCUAAUUGGUAGGAUGCCUGCCACUGCAGUCAUGAAUAAAAUAGCUUCACGGAA